UGCCAAUGGUUAUUGUUCUGUGAAUAAAUAGCUUAAUCCGUGUUUACAAAAUUCAUUUUUGUGUUUGAUUGAUUUUUGUUUUUGGAAAAACUUAAAUGAAUCAAAAAAAUAAGAUUGCUCAUCUCAGAAAGUGCGAAUAUACCAAAACAUGUGAACUUAGGUUUGAUAUGUUAAUAAGAGCAAAUGGUACCGAAGAGAUCAUGGGGAUAAAAAGUCAAGUCAAGUCAACAGAUACCGUAUCCUCCCUUAUUGCCGAAAUCUCAAAUAGAGUUAAUGAAGCCAUAGGACCUAAUUCUAGUAAUCCAAUAGAUGCAGUUUUAAAAGUCAACGGAAAAACUGUAAAUAAUACCACUGUAUUGAUGGAUUUUGUAAAGAAUGUGACAACCAAUUCUUUAACGGUUACCCUCAGUAUUUUCCAGCAUGAAUAUUCUGUACUUAUUAAUUUUCCCUGCGUUAAACAAAUGAGAUUACCUUCCGUUAUUUAUGUUGGGUAUCCCACACAGCUUGUCAAAUUAACCUUUUUCAAUGCUUCGAAGAAGACUUCUAAAUUCAUUUGGUACAAGUCCUUAGAACAGCAAAAAUGGGUGAAAGUAGGUGAAGGCUAUGAGUAUGUUCCUACAGUGAAUGAUGGAAAUCAUUUCUUAAAAGUGAUUUGUGUCCCAUUUAGCGAGUUUAAAGUUAAAGGUAGUCCAUUUGAAGUAAUUUCUGAACAUAAAGUCAUAGAAUUGACUGAGUUUCCUAGGUGUCCAUUUGAGGUCAGACAUCAAUACACUAAGCAAAAGUUAAAGAAAAAUGAAUUGCGAAUAGUCACCUAUAAUAUCUUAGCAGACAAAUAUGUUGACAAUAUUCGCUAUUCAUAUUGCUCACCCCAAGCUUUAGGCAUUCACUAUAGGAAGCAAUUGAUUCUAAAGGAAGUGAAAGGUUACAAUGCAGAUAUAAUUUGUAUGCAGGAAGUAGAUGAACUCCACUUCAAAUCCUUUUUCAAAGAAAAGAUGCAGGAACUAGGUUACAAAGCAGUGUUUCACAGAAAAGGGAACAAUCUUCCUGAAGGUCUGGCCUGUUUUUUUGAUUCACUUCGGUUUAAGUUACUAUCAUUUAAACAAGUUGUUUUGCGGUGUGAAGUGGAACGUAGAAAACAAUUUAGUGAAAUAGCACAUUUAUUAAAUCAAAAUCAGGCUCUUAAACAUGAAUUUAUGAAACAAAAUACAUCACUGCAGGUUAUCGUUUUAAGAAAUAAUGACUCUAAUAAUAUAGUAAUUGUUGGAAACACUCAUUUAUUUUAUCAUCCAGAUGCCAACCAUAUAAGACUGUUGCAAAUGUUUAUGGAAACCAAAUUUUUGUACUCUAUGAAAGCAAGAUAUUUGAGGGAAAAUCCAAAGAGCAAUGUAGUUGUGUUAUUUUGUGGCGAUUUUAAUAGUGACCCUGACAAAUCACUAUAUCCAGCCAUUAUAAAUGGAACUAUUGAUCCCAUGCAUCCUAAUUGUUUGCAAAUAUCAGAAAGUGGAGGCGCCAGGAUUUACCAUAAAUUUUUCUUCCAGAGUGCAUGUGGAACACCAAAGUACACUAAUUUUACUCCUACAUAUAAGGGUUGUUUGGAUUAUAUUUUUGUGGAAAAAAAUUCAGUUACAGUGAAACAAGUUGUACCAGUCCCUGAUGAAAAUGAACUCAAUAGGUAUGAAGGUUUGCCGAACGACUAUUACCCUUCAGAUCAUGUGCCGCUUAUCGCGGACUUGGUAAUAGCACCCAAGCUCAAAAAGUUUACUAACUAGUAAAUUAAUUUCAUAAUCCACAUUACCAUUUCAGAACAAGAGCAUGUAUUCAUGUCAAAUUUUUAUGUGCUGUGACGUCUGUGCCUUUUGUGCAAGAUUAUUUUUAGGUAAUUUUCUUGACUGUUGAAAACUUAUCUACAUUUUUACCAUAUCUUGAUUAUUAUUGAUUAUAAUUAAUUAUUAAAAGUUGUUUUAAUCAAUAAUAACCCACAAAACACC